ACGCGGAUUCAGUCGCCCGCGACAUUCAGUCCGCGUUAAUACAUCCACAUAUCCAUAAUACACUCCAAGUGUCUUCACUAAAAGUAUAAGUCUUCUUCCAUAUCAAUUUUAACACAAAAGUGCUACAUAAAUCCUCGUUUCAAAAAUCAGUGCAGUGAAUAAUAUAAAAUUAAAAAAUUACCAAUUUUAUAAAUUUUCCGUGCAAUUCAAUUUAAAAAAAAAAAAUCGAAAAUUAUAACAAUAGAAAAAAUCAUUAAAAAAAAUUUCUAGGAUGUAACCUAGACACUAAAAACUCAUAAAUGAUAAGGUUAAACUCGCCAUGAAUAAUUCUCGGCUAUCACCAAUAAUAUCACUCUUAAUAGUCCUUCUCUCCUCCGUGAUAAUCGACACCCACGCCCGGUAUCAUCACUCCGAGGUCCUUCCCCGGCGUCACCGUCAUCGGCACCACUCACCCUCUUCCUCCUCCCUUAAUUCGGUCACUCACCGGCACAAUGCGAAUUCACAACAUGAGGGAAAAAAAUCUCCUCCUCUCUACGAGGACACUCUUGCCUACGAGGAGCUCUACGAGGACUCCGACUAUCCAGAGGACUACGAGUCUUUAGAAGAAGAUUACAACUACGAAGAUUACGAAGUGAGACCGCGACGUCGCCGGUUCCGGGAUCAUUCGCGGUUCGCGAAUUAUCGUGGUUCAAGGUUGAAUCGUAGGAGAUUUUUUGUACGCGAGAGGAAUUUCGAGCCGGAUUAUUACGACGAGGAUUAUAAUUAUAAUCAUAAUCAUAACCAUAAUCAUAAUCGUAAUCGUAAUUUCAAAGUAGAGGAAUUGGAGAUUCCUAGAAGGCACAGAAAAGAUUUUGUAAAGAGGAGGUCUUCUUUUGGCCCAAGAAAGGGUUACGCGGUGAGGAGACAGACUGGGAGGAAAAUCCCGGAUUAUGACUCUGAAGAGGAGUUUGAAUUUGAUAGGGAGCACAAAAAGAAGCACAAUCUGACGGGUAAUAAUAAUAAUGUUAAUUUUGUCCAUGAAAAGGAUAAGGAGGUUGAUAAGGAGGAGGAUAAUGAGGAAGAAGAUAUUUGGAAGGAAGCUGAUGAGGCCGAUGAUGAAGAAGAAGAAGAUGAUGAAGAGGAAAAAAGUUUUGAUGAUAAAGAUUUUAUGAAAAUGGAAGAUAAUAACUAUUUUUACAAGGGUGCUAAGCGCGAGUAUAGAAAUAUUGAUGUAAAUGGGAGCAGGGGGGUGGUGAGAAAGGAGGUGAGGAGUGUGAGUUCCAGUGAAGAGUUUAGAAAGGAAAAAGGAUUCGAAAAUUCGAGUUUCAGGGAAAAGCCGAUGAAAAUUCGAGUGCGCGAUGAGGAUUACGAUAGGAGGAAUUUACAAUCAGAUAAUGGGGAGGAGCCGGAGGAGGAGGAAGAAACAUCCGCUCCGAUUACAAUUUCUGCACCUAAAAGUACCACAAUGAUGAGCACGGCAGCUGUUAGCACUACCGCUUUAGCUUCAGCUUCAAGGCCUGUCAUUACCGGGCAGACUUACGAGCGCAGAGAUUCACGAUUCUCGGAUCCCACGAGCUCCAGCUCCAGCCCUACAUCCCAUGGCACUCACAAAGUUCCGGUUAAAGAGAUUAAAAGUUUGCCGGGUAACAACAAUGCCAAUAAAAGUGGUAAAUCUGCUGAAAUAAGAGAAGCCCUCCAGCACGCGAUGAAAGUAUCACGGGAAGGUAGCUGUCAGUGGCCACGUGCGAGAGUUAUACCCGUGAGAGAUGUCUAUCCAAGCCCCUCAACGACUUACAUUCCACAUUGCGCGAUUCUUCACAGAUGCUCUGACGACACUGGCUGCUGUAGAUCCGAAUCACUUACAUGUGUACCCAAACAGUUCCACAAAGUUGAACUAUACUUUUACACAACCAGCAUCGGAGGUGGCAGUGUCGUGGAGAAACUAUCGUUUUACAAUCACACGGAAUGCGAGUGCCGCGAAAAAACCGAGUACGGAAUGCAAAAUGAUAAUAAAGUACAAGAGAGCAAUGAAUUCAAAUCUCAUGUCAGCUCCGGUAGGCAGCAUCAAUCUUUGGUUCCGCAGAAUAUCAGAAAACCUGUUACGAAAAAACCGUGUCGAUGUCCGUCUGAAUUCACGCCGAGGAUGAAUUUUGAUGGAGAAUGCGUCUGCGAUUGCUUCGAAAACGAUCAAAACUGCUUCCGCGCUAGGAGGGGCAAAGGAUAUUUUUCAUAUCGCGAUCGAUUAUGUAUACAAAAUGAAGAGUGUGCAGUGCCAUCCUGCGAAUUCGGCGACUACAUAAAGAGGCAAGGAAGGUGUCCCCGAAAAAAAGAAAAAUUUGAUGAAAUCGCGAACUACCCAAAUCACAUGAAUUAUCACAACCGGCAUAGAAGUUGAAAAUCGCCUUAAUUAAAAAAUGAAACACUUGAGUGAAAAAUAUUAUAGUAAAAAAAAAAAAGAUAAAAUAUUAAAUACGUGCCAAAUUGUUUAAUCACAAAGACUAUUGACCGUAUAGUGAAAAGUAAUGCAAAGCAUUUUGAGUGCCUUGUCAAAAAAUUAACUCAAUAUAUUAUAAAUAAUUUUUAUUAAGGCACUAAUUGCGUUUAUAUAUUACUAAGUUAAUUAAUUGUACAUAAAUUUGUACACGUGUGUUUAUAAGUAUGCGUUAAUUAAUUAAAAAAUUAGUUAUGAGAUUAAAAAUAAAUUACUAGAUCUGUAAGGGCAUGUUUUCUAUAUAAAU